AUGCGAAAAGCGGAACUGUUUAACUUAAUAGAAUGCAAUCGUCCUAAAAAAGUAAUUUAUAAAAUUGACAACAUCAUAAAUGAAAAUGGGCAUCAUGUUGUGCGUCUCCCUCCUUACCACUGUAAUCUAAACACAGUGGUAAGUUGGUCAUCAGUUAAAAGACUGAUCAGGGAAAGGAAUGUGACUGGAGACUUAAGCUUGGAAAAUUUGAAAAAUUUAACACAAAAAGCUUUGGAUGAAGUCACUUCUCAAGAAUGGCAGGCGCACUGCAACCACGUAGAAAAACUUGAAAAUUCUUACUGGGACAAGGACGAACUUCUAGAAGAGAUAGUGGACGAAUUAAUAAUUCAAACUGGCAGCAGCGAUUCUGAUUCAGAAGAAACGGAAUUUUGCGACAGUGAUUCAGACGACUUUUCAGAUGUUAUACCUCUAUAA